AUGGAGUUCGGGAGGAAGAAGCCCCUGAGCCUUCUGGAGCUGUGCGUCCGGAAGGCCAUCGACAACCUCCGCUACAUGCAAAGCGUGGACGGCGUCGAGAUGGAUCUGCUCAAGCGCAUCCUGCCGCACUGCACGCUGGAGCACCUCACCAAUAUCGAGAAGAACACCGAGAUGGAUCUUAGCUCGGUAACUGAUCCGCUGUGGAAGCGAUUCUAUUAUCAAGAAUUCGGUCAGGAGCAUACGAACAAAGUUAUCGCAAGACUCAAGGCGCUGAAGGAGACUCGGCCAGAUGCGAAAUACACAUGGUGGCGGCUCUUCGAGGCGAGAAAAGAGAAACAGAAGCAAGCUGAAGAUGAGAUGGUUGAGAAAUUCACAAAGAAGUUUCAGGCAGAGAAAGCUGAGAAACAAAGCAAACAAAUUAAACUUUGUACAAAGGUGCCUCCAAGCAGCAAAAGAAGUUUCUUUGGAGGAAGUGGACCGAGCAGUCUAUCCAAUUGCAGCUACAAAAGCCCUAUACUGAAAAAGGCUAGGAUGGAGGCUGACAGUAAAGCAAGAUUGCAAUCUGCUAUCCAAAAGAAUACUUUUUCGAGGUCAUCUCAGUCGAUAAGGACGACCUCUUUUAAUGGACAGCCAGUGAGAACAACUACUAUUCAUAGACCCAAUUCAACCGUCACCAAACCGAUUCAUAGACCCAAUUCAACCAUCACCGUCACCAAACCGAUGGGUGCGAGCAGGCUUCACAGACCCAAUUCAACCAUCAACAAACCGAUGGGUGUGGGCAGGCAAAUCCAGAACAGCAGGCCCAAAUUCUAG